AUGGGGUAUUUACGGGAUUCCGGAGCUUUCCUGAGGGACAUGGCUCUCCAGGAUAUUGGAAAGAACAUCUACACCAUCCGGGAGGUGGUCAACGAGAUUAGGGACAAGGCCACACGCAGGCGACUCGCCGUUUUGCCCUAUGAGCUGCAUUUUAAGGAGCCCUUCCUGGAGUACGUCCGGCUGGUGACGGAGUUUUCAAAGAAAACUGGAGACUAUCCCAGUCUCUCUGCCACAGACAUCCAGGUGCUGGCGCUCACAUACCAGCUAGAGGCAGAAUUUGUUGGGGUGUCCCACCUAAAACAAGAGCCAGAAAAGAUUAAAGUAAGCUCAUCUAUUCAGCACCCAGAAACUCCUCUACUCAUUUCUGGCUUCCAUCUUCCCUCAAAGCCUAAGUCCCUGAGAGAAACAAGAGAUCACGGAUGCCCACCCAGUGAAGCCGAGAACGCAGAGUUUAGUUCCUUCCUGUUCUGGAGAAAUCCUUUGCCCAAUAUUAAUGAUGAGCUUCAGGAGCUGCUGCUUGACAGCAGUGAAGCUCUUCCAAGUGAGGAGAAGGAAGCAGAGAAUGGAACUGAAGACAGGAAAGAUGAAGAUAGUGAUAGUGAUGGUGAUGGUGAUGAUGAUGAUGAUGAUGGAGGUGGGUGGAUAACCCCCAGCAACAUUAAGCAGAUCCAACAGGAGUUUGAGCAGCGCCAAGUCCCAAACAACGUACGAGUUGGCUGCGUGACGACAGACUUUGCCAUGCAGAACGUUCUGCUGCAGAUGGGGCUGCACGUGCUGGCGGUGAAUGGCAUGCUGAUCCAGGAGGCCCGGAGCUACAUCCUGCGCUGCCACGGUUGCUUCAAGACAACGUCCAACAUGGACCGAGUGUUCUGUUCCCACUGUGGAAACAAGACCCUGAAGAAGGUGUCUGUGACGAUCAGUGACAAUGGCACUCUGCACAUGCACUUUUUCCGGAACCCAAAGGUGCUGAACCCACGAGACCUCCGGUAUUCACUUCCUACUCCUAAGGGGGGCAAAUAUGCCAUCAACCCCCAUCUGACGGAAGACCAGCGCUUCCCUCAGUUGCGACUAUCUCGAAAGGCCAGGCAGAAGACCAAUGUGUUUGCCCCCGACUACAUAGCGGAGGUGUCUCCCUUUGCAGAGAAGGACAUCUCCAGCCGGUCAGCUAUCUUGCAAAUCCGAGAUAGCAACUUGGGGGCUGGGAGGAGACGGUUAAACCCCAACGCUUCCAGAAAGAAGUUUGUGAAGAAAAGGUGA